UCUUGCUUCUGAAAACAUGUCUGACAACAUCCAAAAGGAUCCACAAAUGAUUCUCUGUGACAUGUGCACAGAGGAGGACAGGAAACCAGCACGCAAGACCUGCAUGAAAUGUGAGAUCUCCAUGUGCAGCCAGCACCUCCAGGUCCACCUGACCACCCCGGUGUUGCUUCAGACUCAUCCUCUGACGGAGCCCAUGGCUUUAUGUGGAACCACUAAAUGCCCUCAGCAUGGCAAACUCCUGGAGUACUACUGCUUGGAUGACAUGACCUGUGUGUGUGUUUCCUGUGCCAUUGAAGACCAGCACCGCCUGCACAACAUGAAGACCUUCUCCACGGCCCACAAAGAGCUGCUGGAAAAGCUGACAGCAGAGCAACAGGCCUUAGAGGUGAAAGCAGACGAUGAGAACGUGAGUCUGGAAAAGUGGGAGAAGAAUGAAAGAGAGAAGCUGGGCGGCUGUAGUGUGCGUCUGAUUGAGGCUGUGACUCACCUGCGUGACAUUUCUCUGAGCAGUAUCCAGAGUUCAGUGUCGGCUCGCAUGGUGUCAGUUAAAACCAGCAGGAUCAGCAUACAAGCAGCACAGAAGGAGAAGGACACCUUCAGGUUCCUGCAGAUGUAUUCUCAGGUGCAUCAGGAUGUGGAGAAGGCCAAAGCUGUGGAUCUGAGGAAAGGCCUGGAGCCUGGCAGCCAUCGAGACAAACUGGUGCAGGAGAUAAUAGAGGGUGGUGAAAAGAUGAUGGAGCAAGCGUCCCACUUCUGGGGAUCCCUGUUGACUCUGGUUGACCCUGAAAACCAUCAGGACAUUUUUGGCACUGGUUCGGACCUGAUCUUUGACCCGCAGCUUAUAGGUCCUAGCAUGUCACUGUCCAAAGACAAGACAAAGGUUUUCUAUAACAGCUGGCUGGGGAACUGCUCUGCCACUCUGCUAAUCUGUGGCACCCAUGCAGUUCCCAACUUUCAGAGGUGGGUGGUGAGUCUUUCCAAAGAUUCUGACUGGAUGAUUGGCUUGUGUGACAAACAGUCUGCAAAAAACCUGAAAAAUGCACCCGUCUAUGGACUGUCCUGCCAAGACAACCAGCUGAGUUCUGUAACAACAGAGCUAGAUGAUUGUGCUGAUGCAUUAGAAGGUUUGGGGCUGCAGAAAAUGAUCACGACCAAAACAGGACAGAAACUCAGGGUUUCUUCCUCUUUAAUCACAUACCAGGGAGAGAAUGGAGUUGAGGACCAACCACAACCUGAGACAGUAGAGGUGUUUUGGAAUAUUGUUGCCUCCACGCUGUCCUUCUUCAGCAGAACUGGACGGCACCGUAGGGAAGAAAUAAUCACCAUUCAGAUGAGCCUGAACAACUGGGACCUGGUCCCAUUUGUCCAACUGGGAAAGGAACAAACGGUGAUCCAGCAGCAGUGGCGCUGUUCAUGUGGGACUGUUUACAACCGGGAUGGAAAUGAGUACUACAAUAAAAGGCAAGGCUCCUACCAGACAUAUUGUUCCUGUGGACAAGCUGUUGGUAGGCCAUUUAUUACAGAGGUGGUUUGUGAGCUUUUCUAAUUGGUGGGAUUUUGCUGAUCAUCGCAAUACAGAUUCUGAUGAGAGUAAUGCCGCUGAUUGAUGGUUGCUGUCAAGUGAAUACAUUGUUAUGCAUCACUCCUGAGAUGAAAGUUUAAGUAUAUCAACAACACAUCAAACACUACAGUCAAUAUUAAAAUUGUAGCUUGUCUUUUUAUUGAAAUAAUAUUCAUUAUUUUGUUGUGGGAUUUGCUUCUAAUGUAGAAACAAUCUUGUAACAAUAAUUUUUUUUCUGUCACUUUUUUUUCUGGCAGCCGGUUUCAGGUGUUUGUCUCCAUCUACUGGUUGUGAAUGCAUCAUUAUCCGCAUAUUAUACAGGAUCUUUUGCUUUGGUUUUAUGAAGUCAGAAUAGCAAGAAGGAAAAAAAAUUCAUGUUUUAUAUCUACACUGUAAAUGACGUAAUUAUUAAUAAAGCUAUUCAAAUUGUAA